GUAGCAGUAGUGGGGCAAUUUUUACUCUUUGGAGGAAAGCCAUAAACAGUACAUCAAAGCCGGCUCUCUUUCUCUCCUUCAAGAUCCUUCAUUUCACUACCACCAUCUCCUCCUUCCUAAUCUUUCCCGUAAAGAAAAAAAGGAAAAGUCUUUCCUUUACAAAGUUUCAAUUCCAAACAGCUGAAAAGAAAAACUAUGUUUUUUAUGUAGUUGUUGUUGCCGCUUCCCAGCACGAAUUCCUUCUUUCUGGUUUGGCUUAUUGGGUGGAGGGAGAGAGAGAGAAAGAGUGAGGAAGAUAGAGUUAGCUCCGAGGUUAUUGAUUUGUCGUGGGUUUACCUAGAAGAGGAAAUUUUCUAGGAUGCUAUGAUUUCUGAUUGAGUAAAUUAAAAAAAAAAAUGGGAAGAGAAGAGAUUGGAUUUUUGUUUUCUAGGAAUUGUAAGGUUGGAAAGACUUGGUCUAUGACUUUGUCUUGGGGAGAAAGGAAAAAUGAGUUGCUUCCCAUGUUUCGAUUCGUCGAAGGAAGAGGAGACACUGAAUCAAAACGAGAAGUCCGAUGAUUGAAAGCCAACUUCCAUGCCUACUGUCGCUUCAAAUAUUUCCAAAUUGUCUUCUGGUUUUGAACGAAUUACUUGUGAUUUGAGAUUGUAAUUUGCUUAUUGUGCUUGUAGUUCUUUCUUCAGAUUUGGAUUUAUGGGAUGUCUGGUUGUUAGUGAUAGGAAUUCUCAUUCAAUUUUGAUAUUCUUAUGGUUUAGCUUAUCUUCUACGACAAUCAAAAUCAGAUAUUUUCCUUUUGAAUAGGAUAAGGUUUGGAUUCAUGGAAACCAGAAACUCUGUCAUUAAUGGAUCUUAUGGAUAAGAAAUUCUAGUUUGUUUAACUGCACACAAUGGAGCAAUAAAGAUCAUUAACCAUUUCGACCAUAAUUUGGAUACCAACUGGUGAAAACUUUGAAACUUUGUUUGGAAAUUGGGAAUAUAUAGUUGUCUUUUGGUUAGAGUUUGAUUGAUUUGCAUAGAUAUUGCAGGUUCUUUUACUGCUUUUAAGCUUUGAUUUGACCUGAAUACUUGAGAUUUCAUGGAUUCGAGCUUAAGUUGGGAAAAUGUUUUGUAUUGUAUUGUACUAAUAAGGUGUUCGUAGUCUCCAUCAGAUUUAGAUUUGGAUGUGUGGAUGUUUGAAAUAAGGGGUUGAUUCAGUUUUGCCCAUUUUCAGUCACUUUCUGUCUUCCAUAACUACCAAACUCCUAUCUUUUAACUUGUUUUUAUCACUUGUCAUCUUAACAAAAAAAACUAUGCUAUUAAUGGAUCAUAUGCUUUUGUGGACUGUAACAAUUGGAGUACACCAUGAUAUUUGUGUAUGAUGUAGUUGAAAGUUCCAAUCUUGGUGAAUGUACAGGAUCCGAAAGUCUUAGAUCAAGAAGCCUUGGUCUAUCCAAAAGGGAGUUACGGUUACCAUCUCCCCAGGAUGGAUCUGCUGUAAAUAUAGCAGCUCAUAUUUUCACUUUUCGGGAGCUUGCUACCGCCACAAAGAAUUUCAAGCCAGAGUCUUUCCUAGGAGAAGGUGGCUUUGGUCGUGUGUAUAAAGGGCGUCUUGAGACCAUUGGUAAGGUAAUUCUUUGUAUGACCAUGGAACUUAGAAAAUGAGGUCUGAACUAGGGUUUAGGUUAAUUGUUGUUGCUUCCUAAAUUUUGUUCUCAAUUUGGCAGGUUGUGGCUGUGAAGCAAUUAGAUAGAAAUGGCCUGCAAGGGAAUAGAGAAUUUUUGGUGGAGGUUCUAAUGCUUAGUCUUUUACACCAUCCCAAUCUCGUGAGCCUGAUUGGUUAUUGUGCUGAUGGUGAUCAGCGUCUGCUUGUCUAUGAGUUCAUGCCCUUCGGUUCGCUUGAAGAUCAUCUUCAUGGUAACUAACCGCUUCUGUUAAAAGUUGCAAUCUUUGAGAAUUGGGUAUCUAUUUUGUGCAGUCACAAGUCAUUAGUACCAAAAGUUGUGAGGAAUGGGGAUAUGACAUGGACCAAAAUCUAUGAUGGAUCAACUGAUUUGGUUUCAGCUUAGGCAAAGAUCCUUUAUGUGCAGAGAGAAAUUUUGCUUAUAUAGAAGGGAAGAAACAGAAACUCUUACAAAGUGAAAGCAAAGUUUCGAUUCUUGAGUGUCUUCUUUAACUAAUUCAGUUUGAUAGUAAAGAUCUGUGUUCUCAGGUUGUCUGUGCUAUUUUUAAUUUCUCUCCGUGUGCAGAUCUUCCACCUGAGAAGGAACCUUUAGAUUGGAACACUCGAAUGAUCAAGAUAGCAGCAGGAGCAGCCAAAGGGUUGGAGUAUCUCCAUGACAAGGCGGCCCCUCCGAUGAUUCACCGUGACUUCAAGUCGUCGAACAUCCUUCUACAUGAAGGAUUCCAUCCUAAGCUAUCUGAUUUUGGGCUAGCAAAGCUGGGCCCCACUGGUGACAAGUCACACGUCUCCACCCGAGUGAUGGGCACAUACGGUUACCGUGCUGCUGAAUAUGCCAUGACUGGUCAACUGACUAUCAAAUCCGACGUGUACACCUUUGGAAUAGUCUUCCUUGAGCUUAUCACUGGACGUUAAUCCAUUUAUAGGAGCAGGCCUCACAGAGAUCAGAACCUUGUCACAUGGGUAAGUCAAAAGUUUCCAUCUAUUUCAUGUUGGUCAUGUUGUAAGGGUGGCCCAAUGAAAACCCACUUUAGACCAGUUGUUGAAUUCGAUUGAUCGGUUAACCAAUCAGAUUUUCUUGCCAAUAGAUGGUAUUCCCUUUCGUUUGGUAUUCAAUACUUUGAUUGUAAGGAUCCAGGUCUUAGAUACUCAAUUAACUAUGAUGUUGUUGGGACUCUAAACUCUAUAUUGUAAUAAACACAAGUUAGGGCGUCCUUCAAUCGAUUUGUGCUCCAUGAGUCAACAGUUUCAAACUUUCAACUAGUGACUCCUUAGCGGGUUUUGGGUUCUCGGUAUGUUUUUUAUGUGGCUGAUGAGGUCUCUUUUCUUUAGGCACGUCCAUUGUUCAAUGACCGCAACAAGUUCUCAAAGAUGGCUGAUCCGAGGCUACAAGGGCGAUACCCGGUGAGGGGGCUCUACCAUGCUCUAGCCGUGGCAUCGAUGUGCAUUCAAGAAUAGGCUGCAGCUUUAAUUGGUGAUGUGGUCACGAUAUUGUCCUACCUGGCUAACUCAACGUAGAAAGCAAAUGAAAAUGGUAGUGGUGAUAGUCAGAGGUGGGUUUCUCUCGAGGGCCAAGGAUGGAGGUGGUGGGUCCGGACGCAGAUGGGACCUCAAUGGGUUUGAUUCGUCUAGAGACCCUGCUGCCGAGGUGGCAACAACCCGGGAUUCGAACAGAGAAAGGGAUGUGGUUGAAGCAAAGAUGUAGGGGGAGAAUUGGCGAGAAAAGAGGCGACAUAGUGCGCAGGGGAGCUCAAAAGGAGGUGGAAGCAAUGGCUGACUACGAGCUUGUAUCAACCCGGAUUUUCUAUUGUGUUAGUUAUUCUGUUUUGUUUUGGUUUCUUUCCUUUUUGCUUUCGGAGUAUGGAGACUGUGAAUAGCUAACUGCAGGAGGGAAUUCAUACAUUAUUAUUAGUUUAGGAAUGAGAAAUGGACAGGGGGAGAGUGAGAGAGUGAGAGAGAAAGAGAUAUGGGAAUGGGAAUGGGAAUGGGAAGAGGAGAGAAACAUAGAAAGACAAGUAUUUUACAACAUUUUUAAACAUAGACAAGAACUGGGUUCAUUGUUGUACUGCCUUUCUUUCUAUCCCUUUGCCAUAGAUGUUUCUUUUUCUUUUGAUGAUAAACUUAUUCUCCUAUCUUUAACUUGAAAUGGAAAUAGUGGAAAAUUGACAUUUCUCUACAAAUAUGUCCGUACCAAUCUUCAUUGAUUAUGGUGGGAUUGCCCAAGUCUCAAUUCCGAAAUUCUUCUUCUGCAGAAGAAGUGUAUUCAGUGUCUGUUGUAGAAUCAACAAUAUAGCUCAUUAUGAAUGGUUCAUUUAAUAAAAGAGAGGCGACUAAGCUCGUUUCUUUCUUGAGCUUGUGAAAGUGUUUAUUGGAAACUUUUAACUAACAUGUUCAAGUUGUGAAGUGAAGGCGUUUGGAUGGGAGAUUUGUUUUAGAGAGCCUCAAAUUGCUCACUUAAAAACUAUUUAUCUUAUAUAAAGGAAUUGAGUUAAA